CAUUGUAAAUCACGUUAUCGAACUAAAGCACAUUUUUCACUUCGCAGAAUCUUGUGGAGAGAAAGAAGGUGUUGAGGAAAGCCCUUCACCGUCUGUCCUCUGCGUUUCCUCGCGCAGGACAGGACGGAGGCGCUCUGAUUGCGCAUGGGGAGGGCGGAGGCACUCUCAUCGGCGAAUUCGGCAUUUACUCUGCCGCGUCAUCGUCCUCCUUCUAGGCGAGCAGCAACCCCACCUUACAUUUUCUGGCCCCAAUCUUUUCCCUCUGGCCAUACCAGCCGUUAUGGCUCCAAGUCAUGGAGACCCAUCAUCGUCCUCAAGCGAUGUGCUUCUUCUGCUCAGCCAAGUGCAAGUUUCGACAUCCAAAAAAGCUUCCUCACCCACUUUGGUGGAUGGGCCAAUUCCGAUGAUUGUUAUGGAUGGGAGAACUUGGAUGCCCACAGAGUGCUUCAUGACAUGGGCAGUUUCAAUAUUCUUCAAGACUAUUUAUUCUUUAUCAAUAAAAAUGAAAGGAGGGAUGUUGGACUUUUCUUUCUUGGGUUUAUGUCCGCUUUAGCUGUUUGUCGCUUUAGAUCUUCGUUGCCAGCAGUGAUCCCCGUUUGCAUCUUCCUGUUCGUAUCUGGUUUUUGUAUUGGUUAUGUUUGUGGAGAUUCAAUGGAAGGUGUUGAGUUCAGAAAUGGGAAGGUUUCUGGAUCACAAGGUAGUGCUGAAUCUUCUUUUGACAGGAACAGAAUUCCCUUUAGCCUACUUCAUGAAUUAGGCACUAAAUUAUCCAGAUUGGAGAAUGCAGGAAAAGGAAAGGGAAUAAGUGACCUUGUAACUGACAUUGAAUUUGUCAGAGGUGUACAACUAGUGAUUGAAAAAUCUGUGCAUGAUGGUUGUGUACUAGGUUUGGUUGGUGGACACUUGGAUGAGGACUAUGUAGAAGAGACAUAUUCCUUUCAAAGACCAAGUAGAAAAAGGAGCAAGCAGCUGCCUAUUGGUGUUGGUAUCAUCCAUCAUCUGAAGGCAGCGUUCCAGAAUAACUUCUUGGGUUUGAAAUCCUUGGAAAACAAGUCCAUUCUUGCAUAUGGAUCUAAACCACGUGAUUCCCUUGAGGUACAUGAAUCUUGUAAAGAAAAAGCAGAUGGCCAUACCGUCACACCAGAGCUGGAUAAACCGAUACAAGGAUCAACAGGGAAAAUGAACCCUGAAGGAUAUACGAAUGGAGGCAUGACAAAAGCUGAGCCAGAUGGGAAGCACAACCAUCAAAUGCUUGAAUUGUGUUCUGAAGGUUCCAGUAGUAGCAUAAUUGGUUGGAAGCAGCUAAUAUCUGCACCGCAGGAGUCUCUAGAUACUAUAGAGAUGUCUCAAAGUGCACAUCAGGAGGCCCAGGACACAAGGAGAGCUUUGUGUGGUAACAACAGCUCAUCUUCUCUGCAAGGGUCACAAACUUUGCAACCAGAAGCAAGUUGUGCUUGUGAGUUCUUGUUUCCUGAAACUGGUACUCUGCAGGAAUAUGACAGUAAGGAUAAACAGGGGAAAGUGUUAGAUGGUCUCCCCAAAAGUUUAAACAAUAAUAGUUUAAACACUAAGAAGUUGGUCAACCAACAGGAGAGCAUGGCAAGGGCCUCUGAGAUUCAACUUCAAGGGCCUCAUUGGCCUAAUUUUGGACAGAAUUCCAAUGAAGAUCCUGUCAGCUUUUAUCAUGAAGCUAAGGCAACAUCCCAACCAACACAUGACAAUAAACCAAGGAAAUUCACCUUUGGAACAGAAACAGAAAUAGCUGAUUUUUCUUAUGAGCUAAAUUGUGGAGAAAACAAAUUUUCUUCAAAAGAUCAAUUGACUAUGGAUAAUCGUGGAACUUCAAGUAAUACCUUGCAUUCAUUGUCCACAAUUGAAGAUGAAAAGGAAUUUAAGGUAUGUCUCGAUGAGGGUGUCCUUCUUCUAAGUGAAGCAAAAGAAUGUUUGGUGAGACACCAUGAUGAAGAGGAAGCUGCGAGAAUGCUAACUAGAUCUGCGGAUCUACUCUCUAGAGCUACAAAAAUGAACCCUACAAGCUUGUUGGCUGUAGGCCUAUGGGGAAACACAUUGUUAUUACAUGGGAAGCUUAAGCUGAAAGUUAGUCGUGAACUUCGAUCAGUUCUGUCAGGCAAUGAUUCCUUGUCCACUGACAAUAAAUGCAGAGAAAAGAUGAUUUUGGAUCUUUCAAAUGUCUGUGAAGAAUGUGAAAGACUACUUGUUGAGGCUGGAAGAAAAUAUAGAGUGGCCUUAGCAAUUGACGGUGAUGAUACACGAGCUCUUUACAAUUGGGGACUUUCAUUAUUUUUUCGUGGUCAGUUGAUUGCAGAUAUUGGACCAGAGGCAGCUUUUGAUGCUGACGAGGUGUACUUGGCAGCAAUUGACAAAUUUGAUGCCAUGCUAGCAAGUAACAAUGGGUAUGCAGCAUAUGCAUUGUUCAGGUGGGGCAUGGUCUUGCAACAAAGGUCUCUUCUUCGGCAUGUUGGAAACAAAGAAAGGAUGAAGUUGUUGCUUCAUGCAAAGAGGCUCUUUGCGGAUGCACUUACUCUUGAUCCCAGCUGCAUGCAGGCAAAGGAAGAACUCUCUUUUUGUAGUCAACAUUAGUUAAAAUACCGACACAUUGUUUCUUUUUGAUGAAGAUUGUUUAAGCGGUUCUCAAGAUAAAUCUGGAUGCUCUCCUAGACAUGUCUUCUUGGAGGGAUUUCAAUUGUUUUCUGGCCAAUUGCAGAUUUAGUUUAAUGACCUCAUUGCCUUACCACACGGUUGAAUGGUAGAGGUGAGAGAGAAAAUGUGUGCUGCAGAAUUGGUUGGACAUUGACAAGUGAUUCCUGUAAACUGCUAAAUUCAUUCAAAUUUGAGCUACAGACCUUGGCCAAAACUAUUUCAGACUAUAUCCUUCUUAUUCUUGUUACUUCUAAGGGUGAUGACAGAUUGUUUGGUUGCUAAAGAAACUUGAAUACACUAGAGAGAGUCUUUCAAGAUGGAAUUUUAAUUGCUAUGGUGAUUUAGGAAAUGAGCAAUUAAGCAGGAAUUGCAGCUGAUUCAGAAACACAUUCACAAAGUCAAUAGAGUGGAGGACAAAGAAGCUAUGUUCAGUUUGAAGGUUGGCAAGGCUCCUGGACCAAAUGGGUUCAUGGAAGGUAUUGGAGCAUUGUGGAAAAUGAUGUGGUUCGUGUGGUUCAGGACUUUUUCAAGAAAGGUAAGUAAAGAAGGUAUCUUCGGCACUGUGGAAUCAUUGGCACUAUGGAAUUACAUUGCUGUAAAACAGGGAGCAAAAGGUGGCUUUAUAGAAGGCGUUCUGUGUCCGUUUUUUACUCACAAGGCACGUUCUUUUAUAAGCAGACCUUGAAUGUUAAAAAGUGAGUGUGUAUAUAUGUUGAGAUUUUUUUUUUUUUCUUGUGAGUUGUAAUUGAGACACCCUUAUAUGCUCAGAUUGUGUGGAUCGUCGAAAGUUAAAAUCGGAUUGUGUGUAUAUGUUCAGAUUUGAUCUGCCAUUUCAGGGGCACGCAUAUAUUUUUCCUAAAUACGAUAAUUCUAUUUUUUUGACAUA